CGUCACUUUGUGGUUUAACGGACAAAGACUGAAAACUGAACACUGCAGGGACAGAGACGCUGAAGUACGGUUGAGUCCUCACGCAUCCAUCCACCUGCUGUCCAUCCACCUGCUGUCCAUCCACCUGCUGUCCAUCCACCUGCUCUCCAUCCACCUGCUGUCCAUCCAUCUCCUGAUGAACGAGUUACUCCACAUAAACUCCACCUCCAUGGAUGACUUCAUCACCGCCAUGACUACGGAGGACCCACUGUCCCUCCUUCCCUCCUCCACCACCGAGGAGGACUAUGACUAUGACAAGUUUGCGGACAUGAUGUGUGACCGGGAGUCUGUGCGGAACUUCAGAGGUAAUUUCGAGCCACCACUUUUCUGGCUGAUCGCCAUCAUCGGUGGUGCGGGGAACCUCGCCGUGGUGUGGAUCUACCUGCACUUCCGCCGGCGGCUGAAGACCAUGACGGACGUGUACCUGCUGAACCUGGCGGUGGCUGACCUUCUCUUCCUGGUGACACUGCCGCUCUGGGCGGCCGAGGCAUCACAUAGCUGGAUCUUCGGCACCGCCCUCUGCAAGAUUAACUCCGCCUUGUACAAGGUGAACUUAUUCAGCAGUAUGCUGCUGCUCACCUGCAUCAGUGUGGACCGUUACAUCGUUAUCGUGCAGACCACCAAGGCGCAGAACACACAGCUAAAGCGCCGCCACUACAGCCGGCUGGUGUGUGUGGGGGUGUGGCUGCUGGCGGUGGUGCUCGCCACACCUGAGCUGGUGUUUGCUGAACCUGCACAGGCGGAAAGCAUGACCUACUGCAGGAUGGUGUUCCCGGCCAACGUGGGCAACCGCACCAAGAUCCUGGUGCUCUCGCUGCAGGUGAGCAUGGGAUUCUGCCUGCCCUUCAUCGUCAUGGCCUUCUGCUACAGCGUUAUUGUCGCUAAGCUCCUCAAGACCCGCAACUUCCAGAAGCACAAGGCCAUGCGCGUCAUCCUGGCUGUGGUGGUGGUCUUUGUCGUGUCUCAGCUGCCCUACAAUGCCAUGUUGGUGGUGGAGGUGUCACAGGCAUCCAACAUGACCGUGACGGACUGUAAGGCCGUGAAGAGGCUGGAUGUGGCCAGGCAGAUACUGAAAAGCAUAGCCUACAUGCACGCCUGUAUCAACCCCUUCCUCUAUGUCUUUGUGGGCGUGCGGUUUCGCAAUGACAUCUUGCAUAUGCUGCAGUGCUGCUUCUGCAUACCGACGCAAACCAAGAAACCUCCAGGGAAGUUCAGGAGUCCCCUGAGCUCCACCAGGGCCACCGUAAUGUCCGACAGCGACACCUCACAGGCUCUGUCCCUGUAGAGACACCCUCAAGAAGAUCUUAUGGCACAGUCACUUGCAAAAGUUUGAACGCCCCUCUUUCAAUAAAAUGUUUGAUGAAAAAUCAUCUGAUCAGUGGGUUGUACUGAUCAGUACAACCCAAAGCAGCUUGCAUUGACUGAGAGGUGUACAGGUCCCAGAUUAUCAUCAAAUGCUGUCUUUGGUUUCCUCUAAACAUGGUUCUGGACAUUAAAACAAAUCUCAUCCGUCCAUAGGACAUUGUUCCAGAAAUCUGAUGGUUUGUUCAGAUGCAGUUUGUAAAACUCAGUCGUGCUUCCAUGUUCUUGGAAAUUCACUCCUGAGGAGAUUGACAACUGUCAUGACCUACUUAGAUCUUACUGAUAUAUUAGGGGUGCUCAGGAUUGCCUAAGUGCAUGAGUGUAUGUGCUUUUUUCUUUGGCUUAUUUUUUUAAUUUUUGGUUUAAAUAUGAUCGGAUGAAUUUUUUUCAUGAUGUUUUUACACAAGAAUCCUUUUAUCAAAAGCGGAAGUACUAAAGUCAUAAAUACGUCAGUGGUUUUUCUUAAGUUUAAAAACAGUUUUUGUGUGACUGAGGUGUCAGAGAGGUUAAAACUCCCCUUAUCACAACUUUCAGAGCCCAGAGUUGUGAAGAGCUCUGAGCCGGACGAAGGUGUUUACAUGAUAAAGAUUAUUUGAGUUCUGGUGGUGUUUGUGCGGGCAGGACACGGGUCUUCAACCUGGGACUGUUACAACAAGGAUGCUCAAACCCUGCCGAGAGUCACCUAAAAGGUCUAAAAGGUCCUAACUAUGAGGCCUUAUCCCAAUGAGACAUGUUUCCAGGAACUUCCCAAGCAUUUACAUGGACCAAAUCAAAACUUUCCUAAGACUUUGCGGGGAUCAGGAUUUUUCUGGACAUUUAUCAGAUGUUUCCAGAUACUUUUAAAGACUUUCCCACAAGUUCUUCAUGAUUUCCCCAGGGUUAGGGUUUUUCUGGACUUCCUCAAAAUAUUUCCUGAUAUGUUAAGGAGUUUUCCAGAAGAAAUGUUCUCAAAGUUUUCAGAAUGUUUCCAGAUAAUUUGCUCUUCUGUAAAUUGAAUGUAAAGCUGCUUUUUUUUGCUUUUUUCUUUUUAAAAAAAUAACAAAAAAACAAAAAAAAGACCCUGAAAAUGUGUGAUAUUUUCAGCUGCUGUUGAUGGAGACGGGUCGGUGGUGUUUGUGUUGGAUUGAGGUAAUAUCAUAUUCUGAGUGUUAAACUGAGCCGAACAUGUCUCUGUCAUGAAAUGUGUAUGUGCCAACAUGUGCUAAUGCAUGCUUGCAGAAGCCAGGCUGUCCUCGUGGUCUCUGUACCUGUAUAUAUUUUGGUGGCAGUUUGUCAUCGUGUAUGUCACUGUUUUCACAUAUAAAUGUGUUUGUUUGAAAUUCUGAGAAUAAAGUGUGUUUAAAGAG